UAACGUUUGGUAAACAACAAGGAUGAAAUGAUUCCAAGAGCGUUGCGAGCGUUAAAUAGAACGCACCCCUUGCGUACAUACACAAGGAGAUAUUAGAAGGAAAAAGAGGUUAUAACACAGUGGAGAGAUGGCUUUAAUGAGCGAGCUCGGCGGACUAUCAACUCGAUUGUUGAAAAACAAAGCGUGCCUGUACGCCGCGGUGAGAUGCUACUCCGACACGCCGUUGCCGUGGAACUACAUCUGGAAACCGCAAAAGUACGACGAAAAGAAUCAUGACAAGAUUGCCGAGAAGUAUCAUUUACAUCCGAAGGAGUAUAAACCCUGUCAGGAUCCCGAGCGAUGUUUGGGUGACUAUCCAGAGCUGCCCAUGGUAGGACCGGCCGCUAAAGAUCCGUAUUAUCCUUACGACAUACCGGUGUUCAGGAAGAAUUAUCAUGAGACGCUGCACCCCAAUUUCGAAAUUAUGGGCGAGGAUCGUUUCAGCUACGGCUACAAGUACAGAAUUGAUCCGCGUCUCGCAACCGGAAUAUUUGUUUUAACCAUGCUCACUUUGGCGACGAUCACUUACUUUGCGGCACCUUAUCCGACCGUUCAUCCGAGGAUGGAGAGGCAGUUUCCAAAACAGGGUGUACUACACUAUACAUUUGAGCCAGCAGAGUGAAACUAGGACGAAUAGCCUUGAAUAAAUAUAAUAGAUUUAUAUGAAAAAUACAGCAGAUGUCUGAUGUAAUGUACGAGUGUAUGAGUUGUAAUAUACGAAUAGUAUUUAUCGAGGUAUUUAUGUUACAACGCAUGUCUUUCUCUUCUUUCGUUAUAAUGUUUCUGGCAUUUGAAUUUUUCGUUACUCGUUAUAACUUCGGUUUCUCUCUUCUUUCUCUAUUUGUACUAUAGUUUUCAAUCUAUGUUUCAUGAAGAAGCAAUAAAUUUGCUACUUGAUAUCUUAUCAAAAUC